GCAUCCAUGAAUACAUGCCACUGGUGGAAAGGUAGGCCUAACUCUUGAAAGUACCAUGCUCAGAUUCCUAAUGUCUCAGAUGUAAUUAUUGCAAACAGGGACACUUGUUGCAAACAAGACACACUGAUUUGGCAUUGGAAAAAUAUGAUAAGAUGAACACAGGCCUAUCUACUUGUCCAUUCUUAGCCUGUAAUUUGAGUAAUUUGUGUGGUAUGAAAGAAAAUAUACUUAGCUAGUAUGUAAAAUCACAUAGAAUUGCAUUAAAUAUAUACAUUUCCCUUCUCGGACCUGCAAAUACGAUGAUAGUCAUGCAAUGAUUUUACUAUAAAGAUCCUACUCUUGUCCAUGGCGGUCUGCGAACCAUCAGCCUUCUGGCCCGCAGCCCUGCGCAACAUCAAAUUUCCUUCGUUGCCAUGUAAUGCAUACAGCUUGAACAGUUUCUGAAACUGCAUAUACAGCUCUGGUCUGUCCAAGAAGUGAGGGUAAAAGGUUGUUCUCCACAUGUUUUAAUUAUUAUUUUGGGUAUAGGGGAGGGUCACUUGUUUUUUUUCUCUCUCAAGCGUUCAGGGAGGGUUUAGGUAAAAUAUAUUUUGCUGAAGGGAGGGUCAGCCAUUUUAAUUUAUCCAUGUAACCCAUAUUAUAAAUAGCGUUCUCUCCAUAAGGGUAAAAGUUUGGAAUAGGGUUAAACUGGUUCCGAAUGGUUAAGGGAAGGGUUAAUUUUUUGGUUGUGUGAUGACGUGUCAUGACUUCGAACCCCGUUCAAAGAUGCCCGGCCAUUCUCAGGGUGAACCAAAAGCUUGAUGAUGUAAAAUUAUCAAUCUUUAACUGCGAGAGACAGAAAGACAAAUGCAUUUCAAAAGACAUGUUACUGGUCUAAUAUUUUGUUUAUUUUAUGUAGUAUCGUAUUUCACGAAUAAGUAUGUCCUGUCUGUCUUGAAAUUUACAUAUCCAACCCUAUUUCAGGGAUGGCAGACUUUUAUUGGGGGCCUGCUGCUUCUGCUCUCUGGGAAGCUUGGAUUGGUGGAUAUAAGUGGCUUUCCCAGGUCAGCAGCACUUUCCUGGCUUCCGGGAUCCCUCCUGUUUGUAGGGAAUAUUUAUGCAGGGUCCAGAGCGCUUUCACGCUUGCCUAUCCCUUUCUUCUUCACUCUUCACAAUGCUUCUGAAGUGGUGAAUUGCCUGAUCCUGAAGUUAACCCAGAUGGAGCGAAUUCCAUGGAUGAAGCUAUUAAGUGUGAGUCUGCUGUUGAUGUCGGCCAUCAACCUCCCCCUCUAUGACCCUCAGUUUGACCCUGGUGGUUACAUGUGGGCCCUGGCACAUCUCUUCUGUGUUGGUGCCUAUAGAGUGUUCCAGACACACUUCAAGUCCAGUCAUUUGAGUGACCUUGAACAACAAUACAUCAACUAUUUGUUCAGUGUGUUGCUGUUGGCCUUUGCUGCACACCCUACUGUGACUACAACCUCAUACCCAGGAAGACUUGACGCUACAGGCUUGGCACACCUGUAUUUGAGGAGUUUCUCUCAUUCUUCUCUGCAGAUCCUCUCAAGCUGCCAGGUUGAAUGGGGAGUGUUGCUGCACAGCUAUUUUCAGGUCUCUCUAGAGAUGUUCGAAUAGGUUCAUGUCCGGGCUCAGGCUGGGCCAAUCAAGGACAUUCAGAGAUAUGUCCCAAAGCCAAUCCUGCAUUGUCUUGGAUGUCUGCUUAGGGUCAUUGUCGUGUUGAAAGGUGAACCUUUGCCCCAGUUUGAGGUCCUGAGCAGGUUUUCAUCAAGGAUUUCUCUGUACUUUGCGCCGUUCAUCUUUCCCUCAAUCCUGAGUAGUCUCCCAGUCCCUGCCUCUGAAAAAACAUCCCCACAGCAUGAUUCUGCCACUACCAUGCUUCACCGUAGGGAUGGUGCCAGGUUUCCCCCAGACGUGACACUUGACAUUCAGGCCAAAGAGUUCAAUCGUGGUUUCAUCAAGCAGAAUCGUGUUUCUCAUGGUCUGCGAGUCCUUUAGGUGCCUUUUGGCAAACUCCAAGCGGGCAGUCAUGUGCCUUUUACUGAGGAGUGGCUUACGUUUGGCCACUCUACCAUAAAGGCCUGAUUGGUGGAGUGCUACAGACAUGGUUGUCCUUCUGGAAGGUUCUCCCAUUUCCACCUCCCUGACCAAGGCACUUCUCCCCGAUUGAUCAAUUUGGCUGGGCGCUCAGCUCUUGGAAGAGUCUUAGUGGUUCUAAACUUCUUCCAAUUAACAAUAAUGGAGGUUACCGAUCUUGGGGACCUUCAAUGCUGCAGAAAUGUUUUGGUACCCUUCCCCAGAUCUGUGCUUCGACACAAUCCUGUCUCGGAGGCCUACAGACAAUUCCUUCGACCUCGUGGCUUGGUUUUUGCUCUGACAUGGACUGUCAACUGUGGGACCUUAUAUAGACAGGUGUGCGCCUUUCCAAAUCAUGUCCAUGUUUAUUUACCACAGGUGGACUCCAAUAAAGUUGUUGAAACAUCAAGGAUGAUCAAUGGAAACAGGCUGCACCUGAGCUUAAUUUUGAUUCUCAUAGCAAAGGGUCUGAAUAUUUAUGUAAGUAAGAUAUUUCUGUUUUUGUGUGCAAAAAUGUCAACCUGUUUUUGCUUUGUCAUUAUGGGGUAUUGUGUGUAGAUGAAUGAGUAAAAAAAUAAAUGUAAUCAAUUUUAGAAUAAGGCUGUUACGUAACAAAAUGUGGAAAAAGGGAAGGGGUCUAAAUCAUUUCCGAAUUGACUGUAUAUGAACAGCUUUUGCAAUUGUGUAUUGGGACAGUUAUCCCAAUGUUACGCUGAUUUUACAUCUCUCAACCCCCCCCUUCCUGUUUGGAGGAGAGAACAUAAUCUGUUUUGAUGGCUGGGUUUAUCUGUUUGUUUAUUCCAUCGAGGUGACCUAUUUGGUGCCUUGGAAUUCCCUUUCCUCCUGUCCCCAAGAUUUCACGGUGGCUGUUGUGCCAGGUAAAAAAAUUGAACUCCGAUGUCUAGUUGCGCAUGUUAAAAGCAAUCUCAAAAUCAACAUGCUAAUAGGGUUUCCAAAUCUUUAAAAUAUACACUUUUGGCAUUGUACACUAGUAACUUAAAACACUUAUCUUCCACAGUGCCUUGUUGGGUUUUUUCUUGCUGUUGGCAUCAGUCAAACUAAAGAGUGGUUUACCCCUUGAGCACUGUGGGGUCUGGCUCUUUUUGUCCAAG